AUGAAGGUGCGUCCUCCAGCCAUCUUCGGAAAGCAGCUGCAAGCGGAGAUCAUUCCCGGCUGGUCAGAGUAUUACCUCGACUACAAGUUCCUCAAGAAGAUCGUCUCUUCCCUCGCUGCGAAACGUCCAGCUUCAGAGGCUGCCUCACUCGCACUCGGUAUUCGACCUGCGGAUAUCCUCACACCCGUAGCUCAGACUCAUGCGCUCUCACCAGUUCAUACACAUCGUUCGAUCCUCAGUGGGACCAGUGAUAAUAAUAAUGAGGAGGGGAGUGCAAGUGGAGAGGAGGAGGGUACGGGUGUGCCGAUGCAGGUGGAUGUGGCUGUAGAUUUGGGGAUGGAUGAGCCUCCGGUGUUGACGACGAUGGGUCAAGACGACGAUAGGGGCCCGGAUUUCCAGGCCCAUAAGGCCGCGUUUUUCUUCAAACUAGAAAGAGAGCUCGAGAAGAUCAACGCGUUCUACCUGCGCAAAGAAGCAGAACUAAAACUCCGUCUCGAAACGCUCCUCUCGAAACGGCGAGCUGCGGCCAUGAGGGUCAUCCCGAAUGGGAUCGACGACACGACGGAUAAUUAUGUGGAGUGGAAAGCGGUCGAGGAGGGGUUUCAUCUCUUGGAGCGAGAUUUACAAAAGCUCCAGAACUUUAUCGAGAUCAACGCGACGGGAUUCCGCAAGAUCCUCAAGAAAUGGGAUAAACGGUCGAAAUCGACCACCAAAGAGCUAUAUCUGGCCAGACAAGUCGACGUCCAACCUGUGUUUAACAGACAACUCAUCUCCGAACUCUCAGACACUGUAACAGCCUGCCUAGUCGACAUCACCGACAUCUCCUCCGGCCUCUCCUUCUCCGACAUCCCCACCGCCCCCGACGUAGACGAACUCCUCCUCCUCCAACAGCUCUCCGCCGAACUCGGCCCCUCGUCCUCGUCCUCCACCCUCACUACCUCGCUCUUCCGCGACCUCGAAUCUGACCUGCGUAAAGCCGUGGCGAACGCGGACAAGGCUGCCAUCAGGUCGAUCGUGGCUUAUUCGGACACGCUGGCGAAGCAGGAACAGAGCAGGAACAAGGCGAAUAUUACGAGGGUGCUUUGGAGGGCUGUCGUUGAUGCGCCGGAGGAGUUGGCGGAUUUGAUCCUUGAGACUUCGAGGGCUAGUUCUUCUGCUAGAGAUACUGGCGCGGAAGAAAAGACCACUUCGACGACGACAGAGGGGACGGGAAAAGCUUUCGAUUGGACCUUCGUGGACGAUAUCAACGGGCGCACUUGUCUCCACGAAGCCUCGAUAACAGGCGCCCUCCGCCUCGUUUCGAUGUGUCUGGCACACGACGUCCCAGCCUCCGCCAUCGACGUCUACGGUCGUUCCGCGAUCCACUACGCCGCUAUGAACGGCCACGCGGACGUCUGUCGGCUCUUACUCCAAGCGGGCGUGAGCCCGUACGUGAAGGAUAUGGAGAAUUACAGCCCAGUGGUCUAUGCGACUUUGAAAGGCUGUGUGGAUUGUGUGAGGGUGUUGGUGGAGGAGGGAGGUGUGCCUGCGCAACCGAGGGGAGAGGAGAAGGAGACGGAUUUGAUCCCGUUGAGUCUGGCGGCACUGGCGGGACAUAUGGAUGUGGUGUUGUUGUUGCUCGAGCAUGGGGCGAGGUCGUUACCGAAUUCGAAUGGGGAAUAUCCGAUACAUUUCGCGGCGAGGAAGGGACAUGCGGAUAUUUGCCGUUUGCUCGUCCAGCCUGUUCAUGCGCGUCCGAAUACGGAAGGCUUGAGUGAAGGAGGAGAGGAAAGACACGAAGGAUGGGAUAAGGCGGAUAAGUAUAACGAGUGGACGCCGCUUUUCCAUGCUGCGAGGUGGGGACAUGAGGAUUGUGUGAGGGUGUUGUUGGAGGCGGGCGCGAGGAGGGAGGUGGUGGAUGAGGUGGGUUGUUUGGCGGUGCAUUGGGCGGCCUGGUACGGACAUAUGGGAUGCGUCGAGCUGUUGUUGCCCAAGGGUGGCGGUGGCGCGCCGGGUGUGGCGCGGGGGACCAAGGAGGAUGCGGCUUCGUGUGCCACGGUUGGGGCGGGGAUAGGGAUGGAUGUGAGGAGUCCGUCAGAAAAGUCGACGGGGUCGAGUGGGCUGAGAGCAUUGGAUUCGGAUAUUGAUCUGAUUCCUUCGCUUUCGUUGCCACCGCCUAUGAUGCCGCAUAGGGUGUAUGGGCACAAUUAUCUCGACAAGCAGUGUCUCGUUCAGGUGACUAUUGGCGGCACUGAUCAUUCGACUUUGUCCUCCCCCACUUCAUCAACCUCCACACCAGGCUCCAGUUCCAAGGACGCCUCGACUCCCGCCGUCCGGCUCCACCCCCGCCUCCUCGGCUCCUCCUCCCUCGGCAUGUCCCUAGGCCUCGACAUCCCGACCCCGACCCCGCUCUCCUCCCCGAUAUUCAAGCUCGUCAUGACCUCCUCCCCUAACACUACCUCCGCCCCGCACUCGAUCUCGCUCCCGAUCGCGGAGAACGACGUGCACGUGCAGACGUUCCAGGCGCCCGUUUCGACGCUGGAGCGGCUCAGCCUCGAGUUUUCGCUCUAUCCGAAUUUCGGGACGAAGACGGUGGGGAGGGCGGUCGCGCUGCCGAGCUUGUUUGGGAGGGGGGAGAAGGAGAAUAGUGGGAGGUUUGUGUUGCCGAUUUUGGACCAUCGGCUGCAUGUUAUUGGCGAGGUGUCGUUUGGGAUCAAUAUUAUCACGCCGUUCGAAGGUGUGACGCUCGAGAUCGGGGGAGCAGUGGAGACGUAUUGGAAGUCGCUCUCGACGCCGAACGUCGUCGGUUCGAGCCCAUCGCACUCACACUUACAUUCGACACACCCACCGCACCUACCCCACGGGCACACGCACUCGCCACAUCCUUCGAACCCACUGAAACGGGCAUCACCCAUGUCACCCGCUCUGGCUUCUAUACGUCCAUCACCGGCUCAGCCAAGACCGUUUGGGUCUCCACUUGCGAGGCCGUUGUCGAGUAUACCUACCACAUCUGUUACUUCUACUAUGCCCGCGCAUUCUCAGUUCCAUCAGUUGCCGCACCAACAUCAAAUCGCUCCACAGACCUCAGCCUCGACACCAAUACAGUCCGCUCUGCAGCAACAGUCGGCAUCUUCCCAACCGCCGAUCCCGACUUUACAACAGCCUACGGCUGUGUCAUCCGUCACGGGCACGUACGUCCAUCUCAUUGUGCAGGUGACAAAGGAUCUGCAGCCGGUUUUAUACAGAGAGUGGAGGUUGCCAGAGGAGGAGUAUGAACUCGGGGUUGCGGAUGUGAGGUUGGACCAGCUUGAGAGGUUGGGUGGGAGGACGGAGAGGACGAUGGAGGAUGUUGUCAAGACGGAGGUAAGAGGUGGGAAUGGGAACGGGGAGACGGCGAGAGAGUGGCAUAGCGUCGGGUCGAGAGCGAUGGUUACGCUGGAGGAGUUCCUCAAGUCGCUGCCCGUAUCACUCGGUGUAUGUCUAGAGCUUGCUUACCCUUCGGCCAAAAUUCGCGAAAAAGUCUGCCGGAAUAAUAUCCCGCUUAACGACUUCAUCGAUGCGGUUCUGAGAACGGUAUAUCAUACAUCUGCAUUGUCGGAAGGUCGCCCCUCCGGUUCAGGUCCAGGUCUGGACUCGGCGCAUACGCACGGAUUCGGUUAUGGAUACCAGAGCCAGAGUCAAAGCACGGGGAGGAGGAAGGUCAUCUUCACGUCGUUCAGCGCUGACGCGUGUGCGGCGGUGAAUUGGAAACAGCCGAACUAUCCAGUCUUCUUCGCAUCACAAUGCGGCGCAAAGAGUCGUGCACCGCUCAGUCCGACGGCGCUCACCAUAGGAGAUGCCUCCGAUCAGAGACUGUCCAGUCUCCAUGCGGCGGUCGAGUUCGCGAAGACGAAUAAUUUGCUCGGCGUGUUUCUGGACGCGGAUGUUCUGGUCACGGUGCCCUCGCUUAUGCGUGGCGUGAGGGAUGCAGGGCUCCUCAUUGGGACGUACGGCUCACCCGAAUCGAUGUCUGUGCUGUCUUCAUCGUCAUCUGCUUCUGCGUCGAUGCAGACAAUGGCCACGGGCACGAACACGGACAUGGUCACUGUGGAUGCGUUGUUCCAGGAGGGCGUGUUCACGUUUCCCUGA